ACAAAGGAAACUACCUCCAGCAACUCAAGUCAGAGGAGAUAAGGCCCACAUGUUUCCCACCUCCACUAAGAAAUCCUUUUCCGGUUUCUCUGCACUAAAGAUUUCUGAAUUUCCAAAUAGUCCAAGACCCGAUCUCGGAAGAACCCCCUUCCAUCCCGUCUUAUUUCUUGUCAGUAGUAGUGCACGUUCCAGUUCCCGUUCGGCAAAGUGGCCUUACAGACGAACUAAGAGUUAUCUCAUUAACAACAUAGAACGAUUCUACUAUCCUUAUUACAGAGAAAGCGAUAACCACUGACUCGCUGACUUUGUAGGUGUGCACAACUUAUAAGAGAGAAAAGAGAGAUUCAUAAAUGGAGAAUGAUUUCGUUGAAGCAGCUCCUUCAUCUACAGUUGAUAUUCCAGAAUUUUUAAAAUCCUUCCCGAAGCUGUCUAGCUCUGAUUCAUCUGCCAAUCUUGUUUCUUUACCUAAUGGUGCUAAAGUUGUUGCCACUGAAAGUCUUGCUAGAAAAACAGCUUCUCAUUACACAUUAGCGGACAUGUUAAAAAGAUCAGACGUUACUUCGCGAUGGGAGGAUGGUCGUGUUGUGGACGAGUAUUCCAAAAUUAUUCGGGAUAUUAUUGAGUUACUAUUCCAAUUGGAGUUGAAAGAUAUACGUUCUGGCAACUUGAACGAUGGUGACAUAGUCAUUAUUCAUGGUAGAGCAAAGAUCCCCUAUCUUGCAAAUCCUUGUAUUGAAACUAAAUUGCCAAGCUAUAGACAAGAAUUCAAAUCUUUGGUUUCAAGAAUGCUCGGGGAGAAUGCUGCAAUAGUGGAGUUAGUGCACUUCUAUGGCAAGAUCGACCACCUUGGGAUGACUUUUAACGACUUAUGGUAUCAUCCUCUGCUCCAAUCAUCUAAUGAGAGAUAUUUUUUCCCUCUUGACGCCUGGUUGCAUCUUCAAUAUGAGAGAAGAGAUACAUGGAGAAAUAUGUAUCAAAAUGUGGUGAAUAAUGAUAUUGACAUUAACACAAUCAUUGGAAAAUCUAAAUAUAAGGCUUUUAUGUCAGUUCUUUUAAAAAAAACCAAAAGGGAAGGUGCAUAUAAGAAUAAUGCCUUGGGAGUGUUUGAUUACUCAAGAGACAUACUCGAGAAUGUUAAUAAAUUUGUGGACAAGGACGAUGAAAGAAUUUCGACAAAGCAUGAAGUGGAAGAAGAGCUUACUUCAUUGUUCCCCACACGGCUAAUAGAUUUAUAUGAGUUCUUGUAUUGCAUGGGCAUUAGUAUGAACUCCUUAGGGCUACGAAGAUCAAUGUAGACUCAGAACUUUGAUCAUGAACACAGCUGCCCAACCUUCACGCCCCCAAAAGCCAAAGAACUUGACCAUGAUCGAUGUAGACGUAGAACUUUGAUCAUGAAUAUGAUCCUAGCUUAAUGGAGUUGAUUGCAUGUUGCAGCAUUUACAUUGCUUUUGCAUAAGCUAGUUUUUUCUAACUCAAGUUUUUAGUACCAAGCCUCGAGUUUCACAUGAUAUGCUCUUUGUGAAUGUUGGUUCAUAAUCAUGCUAUCCUUUUAUCCCAUGCCACUAUUAUCUAUGCUUUAUAACAUUUUGGAGCUUUGAUCCCUUGUCUGGUAUGAUUAUGACUAGUCAUAUCUACUGGUUAGUUGUCAUUGGGGUUUUAUGUUGCUCAGGUUGUAGGUUAUUUGCUUUGACCUAUUUCGUUUUGAUUUGAUAUGGUUACUUUUGUCAGAUUUUGGACCAAAUCAAUGCUUUUGGUUAUCUGAUUAAUAUGCCUUGGAUUGUUUUCUAUUUGAUACAUUAUGUGUUUUGGCACUUCUCUUUUGAGCUCUGCAUUUGCUAUGAUUUUUCUUAUCUUUAGCCUACUCUUACAUGUCAUUUGAUCUCCUUCUUUUGAUGUGAUUUGGAAGUUUUUUGGACUUUGUCUAACAGGACUCGUCCUGGACUUUCCCCUUGGAAUCCGUGACGAACCUUGCUUCCCGUCCAGAUCUAACUGAUGUCGGACCCACUUUCCUGAAACGUUCUUUAGCCCUAAUUUAAACUGAUAAAGGCUUCAACUUCUAUUGAAAUUUUGGCAGUCUCCCUUGUAACUGGAACAUUUCCCAAUUUAUAGUACCUGCAAACAAGUGCCAGAACAAACCCUCAAAUGGGCUUCACACCUUCUACCCAAGCUCAAAAUGAGUGCAUGUUGGAGCUAUUAAGGAGAAAGAAUGUGCAUGCAUGUGAAGUAAAAAGAAAA